UGCUGCAGCGCCCGCUCCGCUCCCGGCCGGGACCGCUCCGCCAUGGGCGGCCGGGCAGCGCGGCCCCGCUGACCCCGCACGCUCCGGCAUCCCGGUACUCCCGGUACUCCCGGCAUCCCGGCAUCCCGGUACUCCCGGUACUCCUGGUAUCCCGGUACUCCCGGCAUCCCGGCACUUCGGCGCUCCAGCAUCCCGGCAACUCCGCUCUGCCGACCCCGGAGCUCCGGACUCGGCCGUCCCGGGAACUCUACUCCGCUGAGCCCGGUUUCUCCAUCUCUCAGCACUCCGGCAUCCCGGGAACUCCGCGCUCCACCGUGCCGGGAACUCCGCUGCGCUGACCGCUGGUCCCGGCUCCUCGGGAAUCCGAUCCGCGCUGCCCCCCGGCCCCCGGGCCCCCCGGAGGAGCGGCCAUGGCGUUCAUGGUGAAGAGCAUGGUGGGGGGACAGCUGAAGAACCUCACGGGCGGCCUGGGCGGCGAGGAGAAGAGCGAGGGCGAGAAGUCUCCGGCCGAGGCGCAGGGCAUGACCCGCGAGGAGUAUGAGGAGUACCAGCGGCAGCUGGUGGAGGAGAAGAUGGAGAGAGAUGCCCAGUUUGCCCAGCGCAAGGCGGAGAGAGCCACGGUCAGGUCCCACUUCCGAGACAAGUACAGGCUGCCCAAGAACGAGACGGACGACAACCAGAUCCAGCUGGUGGGAGGCGACGUGGAGCUGCCCAAGGAGCUGGCCAAGAUGAUCGAGCAGGACAACGAGGAGGAGGAGGAGAAGAACUCGGUGAUCGGGCAGCUCAGUAACAUCCAGAACCUGGACCUUGAUUCCUUGAAGGACAAAGCCUCGGCCACGCUAGAGGACCUGAAGCAGUCGGCGGAGAAGUGCUCCGUGAUGUGACGGGGCUGAGCAGGGAGGGGACGCAGCGCAGGCUCUGGCGGGGGCUGCUGCCUCAGCGGGGACCCCAGCCACGUUGUCACCCUUGCCGUGUGUCACCCGGCUCCCCCUGAGCCGCGUGGCCCCUCGAGCCCCUGCCCCAGGUGUCCCUGAUGUGUGGCUUUCGUUCCGUUCUCCGGGCUGAGGUUAGAGCCAGGAGCCAGCAUGUGUCCCCCACGUACCCCACGGCCUCCCCCGUGCCCGGGCAGGGGUGUCUGCAGCCAGAGCCGGGGAGGUGGCAGCAAGGACAGUGACCCUGGGGUGUGAGUGACCUUGGAGCGUGAUUGGAGAGUGACAGACCUUGGAGAGUGAAUGACUUGGAAUGUGAUUGACAUUGGAGAGUGACAGACCUUGGAGAGUGACUGACCUUGCAGUGUGACUGACCUUGCAGUGUGACUGGCCUUGCAGUGUGACAUUGGGACUCCCAGCCUUGCUUGAUCCCCCUCUCCCUCACUUUUUCCCCCUAAAUCCAGCUGGGUGAAGGAAAACCACCUUCACCCCAGACUAACCCUAGCCCACAGUGACCUUUCAGUGUGACAGACCUCGGGGUGUCACUGACCCUGCAGUGUGACUGACCUUGGGGCACGAUUGACCUUCCAGUGUGAUUGACCUUUCAGUGUGACAAACCUUGGGGUGUGACUGACCUUGCAGUGUGACAGACCUUGCAGUGUCACUGACCUUGCAGUGUGAUUGACCUUUCAGUGUGACAGACCUUGGGGUGUCACUGACCUUGCAGUGUGACUGACCUUGCAGUGUGAUUGACCUUUCAGUGUGACAGACCUUGGGGUGUCACUGACCUUUCAGUGUGACAAACCUUGCGGUGUCACUGACCUUGCAGUGUGACAGACCUUGGGGUGUGACAGACCUUGGGGUGUGACUGACCUCAGGGUGUGACUGACCUUGCAGUGUGACUGACCUUGGGGUGUGACAGACCUUGGGGUGUGACUGACCUCAGGGUGUGACUGACCUUGCAGUGUGACAGACCUUGCAGUGUCACUGACCUUGCAGUGUGACUGACCUUGGGGUGUGACAGACCUUGGGGUGUGACUGACCUUGCAGUGUGAUUGACCUUUCAGUGUGACAGACCUUGGGGUGUGACAGACCUCAGAGUGUGACUGACCUCGGGGUGUGACAGACCUUGGGGUGUGACUGACCUUGGGGUGUGACUGACCUUGCAGUGUGAUUGACCUUUCAGUGUGACAGACCUUGGGGUGUGACAGACCUCAGAGUGUGACUGACCUUGGGGUGUGACUGACCUUGCAGUGUGAUUGACCUCAGAGUGUGACUGACCUUGCAGUGUGAUUGACCUUGGGGUGUGACAGACCUUGGGGUGUGACUGACCCUGCAGUGUGACAGACCUUAGGGUGUGACUGACCUCGGGGUGUGACUGACCUCGGGGUGUGACUGACCUCGGGGUGUGACUGACCUUGCAGUGGUGGCCCCACUGAGCUGCGGCUCUGCCUCCACUCAGCCUCCCAGGAGCGAGCCGGAGGCUCGGAUUUGCCUCGCAAGGACGAGGCAGGCUGUGGAGCACCCCCCUCGCUGCAUCCCCAUCCCCAUCCCCCGAGAAACAGCCUCCCAUCCCUGCCAGGAACAGCAGCCCCGUGUCCUUGAGGGCCCCUCUGGAGGAGCCAGCCGGGAAGGACCUGCCAUCCGAUCCCUGUGGGAAGGGGGGUGCUGAAGCCUGAAUUGACACCAGAGAGGAGCAAAAGCCCUCGCUGGUGCUGAGCUGAGCCCGCAGCAGCCCUUGCCCGGAGCAGAGCCGUCCCUCUCCUGGGGUGGGAUCCUGUCCUUGUUCCUGCCAGGAGAAGGACAAAGCCAUGUGGGGAAAUCUCCCCGUCCUCCCGCUCGUCGUGCUGUAGUCGUGCCGUGCUCGGUUGAGUGUCCCUCCCCUCCUGUGCUGUCCCCGUGCCAUGGUACUGUUAUAACCGGUGGAAUAAAUACCAGGAGAUGUCUAUGCA